AUGGGACGUCCAGCGCCAGCUGAACCCAGGCUAGUCAACUGCAAGUGGUGGAAGAGAGGCCACUGCCGGCGGGCAGACUCAUGCUACUUCCGCCAUGAUCCAUGUCUAUUGGGUGUUGACCAGAAGCCCGCAGCUGCAGCAGCUGCGGACGGCGAAGGCGAUGAUGCGCUGCAGAAUACUCGGCAUGGUCGCCCGCCAGAUCGGAAUAUUAACGGGGUUUUGAUAGGAGGGCUCAUAUCACAGCCAGCCCAACCCCAUGAUCCAACAAAAGAGCUAGAGUAUUGUGCCAUUUGCCUGGAAGUUCCAAAGGUUUACGGCUUGCUGCUUCACUGCGACCACUGGAGAAGUUCAAAAAAGGCCGACAGGAACGACCAUGACGAUGGCUACUCUACUCCUAAUGCCAACGGCAUCUGGGGAUCGAAAAUGAUCAAAUCUUGCCCGCUCUGCCGUAAACCAAGCAAAUACAUCAUACCAUCCGCGGUGUUUCCUACCCCACUCCCGGCUACGGAUAAUGCCUCCAAAGGUACGGUAGAAGGCGAAGCAGCCCCUAACAGAUCUAGUGGAAAGGCCCAUGCCGCCGCACCUAACCCGUUGAAGGAUUCAAUCAUUGCAGAAUAUACACGGAGCAUGAAGAGGAUACCUUGCCGGUACUUCGAAGCGGCUGUGAAAAACUGGGAAACAAAAGCAAAGCGAGCCACAGAGCGUGGAAAGGAAGAGCCUCCAUUUCGACCUGUCUGCUUCUUUGAAAACAAGUGCCAUUACGCCCACACCCACCCUAGAACCAAAAGACCGUACAUAUUCGAGAAACAACACAUCGCCGAGAUGCACCGAAAGCGACUGAAGCGUAAGGGCGCAUCCAGAAGGUGGGGAGGCAUGGAUGAUAGCCUGCUCUUUCUGUCAGAAUUACGAACGGAGUUUAUCGACCAUCACCUGUCUAAUGAAGUAGAUGGGGAAGGCUAUCCGUUUGACUCUCCUUUUCUGAGUGAUGACGAGUAUUAUUGGGAAGAUCUGCCUCCAAUUGACUCACCACCCCUUUCACGGGAAAUGAGAAUUUCCAUGGGAUAUACCGCCUUCGUAAAUGAAUAUGUUCUAUAG